UUUCCAGAGGUCAGGAACGAUGGGAAUGUCCCUUAACACUCCCUGUUGUUCCCUUUCAGGAUUGGCUGAGUAAGUUUGGGUACCUGCCAACCCCUGACCCUGUAACAGGACAGCUGCAGACCAAGGAGGCUCUGACCAAAGCCAUCAAAGCCAUGCAGAAGUUUGGAGGACUGGAGGAGACCGGGGUGUUAGACCCAGCCACCCUUGGGCUAAUGAAAACCCCCCGCUGCUCCCUGCCCGACCUAUCAGAGUCCGAGUUGACAGCGGGCCGCAGGAGGCGUGGCCUAGCCCCCCAGAACAAGUGGAACAAGAGACACCUGUCCUGGAGAGUGAGGACAUUCCCCAAGGAGUCUGCCCUGCUGGGCAGGGACACUGUGCGGGCCCUCAUGUACUACGCCCUCAAGGUCUGGAGCGACAUCGCCCCCCUAAACUUCCACGAGGUGGCGGGCAGCGACGCCGACAUCCAGAUCGACUUCACCAAGGCCGACCACAACGACGGCUACCCGUUCGACGGCCCGGGGGGCACGGUGGCCCACGCUUUCUUCCCCGGGCAGAGGUUCACGGCCGGGGACACCCACUUCGACGAUGAGGAGGCCUGGACCUUCAGAUCACCAGACUCCCAUGGGAUGGACCUGUUUGCGGUGGCGGUCCACGAGUUCGGCCACGCCAUCGGCUUGGCUCACACCUCGGCUAUGGAAUCCAUCAUGAGGCCGUACUACCAGGGUCCCGUGGGCGAUCUCAAGUACGACCUCCCCUACGAGGACAAGGUCCGGGUGUGGCAACUCUACGGUGUUAGAGAUUCAGUGUCCCACACUGCUCGGCCUGGUGACCCUUCCCAGACCGCAGAACCUCCGGUUCUACUGGACCUUCCGGAGAACAGAUCCACCGUCCCGCCAGGCAGAGACGUCCCGGACCGGUGCAGCAGCCACUUUGAUGCCGUGGCCCAGAUACGAGGGGAGGCCUUCUUAUUCAAAGGUACCGUGGACCCAGUAUGAGACGGGUCGGAAAGAAUGGG